AUGCUAUGCCUAGCUAGCGCAAUAUAUGACGUGACACCCCAAGCGCCUCGAUACUCGCUUCUACCCUUGUCUGAGACUUCCUUCCUCGUGUCAGAAUAUGAGGCGAAAUCAAUCUGGCUCCACAGCUUUCAAUCCAUCUCCGUUCGUCAGGAAUACCCUGUUAUUGAACAGCCGCUCGCUCAUCGCCCUCUCCGCCUCUCAACCCUCCUUGCCCGUUUGCUUUACGAAGGACCGCAAAUCUACCCAGAUGAAGAGCCCAGCGUUAGCCCCACUCUGGUAUGUUAUGCCUUUACUCGAAGGAAGCUCCUUGGUCAGCCAAUUGCGUUUGGCGAGCCGCUUCUGCGGUUCAGCGAAGAAGCUAGUUAG